CAACGGUAUAAAUAAUUAAGCACACUCAGUCAUUUAGUCAUUUGGUCAAUUAAUACGCUUAGGGCCUACUCUCCUAUAUACUUCUUAAUUACGCGAUACUAGCAUUUACAAUGACGAAAAUUGCAACGAUAUUAGUAUGCAUCGCUCUCUCAAUUGUCCACAUGGUCAUAGCCAAACAAGCGAUACACCAUCAGAAAACAUAUGCUAUAUAUGCAAAAGGAAAUAUAAGUGCCGACACAGCCACCGUUGCGUGCCACACACCAACACAUAAUAAAUGUGCUGAUAUAGCGGUAAAUGAUAGCCGAGGCAGAAAAGAAUGUAAGUCAAUACCAUUCCCUGACACAAACAGAGCUAGAAUUCCUAUGACCGUGACAACAAUUGCUUGCGACUGCGUCGAGUGCGUUACACACGGUUGUCCAGGCACCUGUCAACAGGUAAACCAUACGAUGCCUAUGUUGUUCCUCAGUGAAACCAUUGACAAGGAGCUCGAUCUUUAUCGUUACGAGCUGAGAAAUGUUGAAGUGCCGGUAGCCUGUCAGUGUGUCCCUAAUAACGGAAAACCUUGGAAGUCCUGUAAGUGUAGAGGUGACAACUGCCGAUGAAAAUCUGCUGUAGACACUCAACGCCGUCCCCAGCUUGUAGUCUUAGCUUUGCUUGCUUUCGUUGAAUCAAGGGGCAUUACACCAUAGGCCUAAAUCCUACCGAUUAAAAAGUAGUUUAGAGUUAGCUGUCAAGGUCGACAGACGUGAUCAUCUUGGAAGCUUUGUGUAUUCGUAAAUGCCAAUGUAAUGAUGUAAUAAGGAUUUUAAUUUUUUAGUAUUCUACCGAAUUUUAUUAAAAUUAAGCGGUUACAAGGGUUUAUUUAAAUGCACAGUAUUUGCCGUCCCACGAAAUCCCGGCCCUUAGAUAUUGUCCAUAAGAAAACACAGCAACGUAAAUGUAUGUUGGUGGGGUAUAUACGCGUACUCCAGGCCUUCUGGUUGAGGUGGAUUCACAUUCAAGUUUUAUUGAUAUUCCCAAACGGGCUAUUUGCAUUAACCGUGUCAUGACACAAUUAUGUUGAUGAGGCAUACACGUACUCCAUACCCUCUUCUAAUUGGUCAUUCUAAAGUUUCAUUGAUACUCCUGGAAGAGCCAUUUGCAUUUACCUUGUCUUGACACCUUGACACCAUUUAUGUUUAUGAUUGAUUGCGUUUGUUACAAAAGUGCGAACAACCUUCAUGUUAGAGUUAGUCAAAUUGACAUUUUGAUAUGAGAGUGGUAUGUUAGGACAAAUUUAUAAAUAAUAUCUUUUAUGGGCAUUAUUGCUUUAAAAAAAUCGAAAAGUGGGAUUUUUGGUAACAUAUUUAUUUUUUUAAGCUUUUGUUCACCUUAAAAUGUAUAUACCUUGAUAUUACACGUAUAUUAUAAUAAUAUACGAUUGCACAUACAUCCAAAAGUACGGUACUUAAACCAUGUACUUAUGUAUAGAUAUGUUCAUAAUUAAUGUAAAUAAAAAUACACAGAUAUUUAUAUAUUAUUAUUAUAUAUUUACAACUCACGGUCUAAGAUCAUGUUGAUGUUUUAUUAUUAUGUUUUUAUUCGGAGCUUUGAAAAAACUAAACGAUUUUGAAAAUCGUUUACAGUAUUUAUUUAGAAUUAUAACAAUUAUGUUACAAAUACAGAGUAUUGUAUGCCACCCUAACAUUAACUGUACUAGAACUGAAGUGGUUCUUUCACAAAAAAAGUCAUCAUACAUCAUCAUUUACUGUUCGCCGAUUGGCUACUAUCCAGCGCGUAGUUUAAUUUAGGUGCGCGCUCGCUGAUUGGUGACUGAAAUUUUGUACACGCUUGUAUAACGACUGGUAGUGAAAGAACGGCCUUAAGUAUUGAGUAUAUUGAAAUCGACAGUAAAUUGCUGUACAGGUUGUUUUGAAACACAACGUUAUUUCCUUCACGGGAAAUACUGUAGACGGAUAUUUCGUCUUGUAAGUAAAUAGUAUUUAAUAUUAUAACAUUUUAUGUUAAAGAAAACAAAACUCAUUAACGUGGCUCUUUUUAUAACUUAUUUAAUAAUAAUGAAUGCUUUUAGAGUAUCGAUAUCCACCGAGAUGGUGUUUUAUGUUAGUUAUUUAUCAAAAUUUUUGUCAAUACACAUUUUGUUAUAGAUUUGAAACCAUUGAUGCUAUUUAUUAGUAAUAGGCGUUAGAAAAUAACCAUGUUGUUUUAGAAAGAAGUUGACAGCAUUUUACACACUAAACUCUGCAUUCCAUAAAAACGCUACAAUGUCGUUACAGUGUUUUCAACUUUGUUCAUACUGUGCAGCUACCCCCUACGCAAUUGAGAAAGCUUCCUGAUUUGACCGACCAAUCAGCGUCGCCACAAAACUUUCAGCGAUAGCGCGUAGCGAUUUUAUGGAAACCAUGCUUCCUAUAAGCCAAUUUGUAGUUUGAAAUGCACAUGCCCUUAUCCAAGGUCAAUCUACAUAAACCUAUCUUGUGUGAAUGUUUGUUUAUUUCAAUUGACCUUGAUCACGGGCAUGCGCAGUUCAAAGUACAAAGUGGCUUAUUAAAAUUUCACGCAAGACCUUUAGUUGUUGUUAUAAACUAUUUUGAGUGAUUAUUUAAAUUAGAUAGAAUCAAACUCUUAUUAUAGAGGAAGAAAAAAAACAUUGGUGGGUAUUUACACCAAGCUUAAUUAUUGUACGUACGUGUGUACGAGUCGUAUGUGUGUAUAACGCACAUUAAAUAUUUAAGAUAUUUUUCUUUUAAGGUUACUAAUUUAUGUUUACAUUGUCAUUUGUGUUUCUUAAAGAUGCGAAUAAAUUAUACAAAUACAGUAAA